AUGUCGGAUUUGGAGAAACCAGAAGCCAUACAGGCUGAUGCCACGCCCAAGAACCCAGACGAUGACGUGACGGAGCUCAAAAAGACCAUCACAGUCGACACUGUUCACAACGAUGAGGCCAUGAAAGUCCUUGUUGCUUAUACUGGCGAGCAAACGUGGGACGAGAAGGAAGAAAAGAAAGUCCAGAGGAAGAUCGAUCGACGGUUGCUUCCGAUCCUCUGCGCCACGUACGGGCUGCAGUAUUAUGACAAGGCCAUGCUCUCGCAAGCGGCACUUUUUGGGCUCCGAACCGAUCUCGAGCUCGAAGUCGGCAACCGCUACUCGUUCUCUGCAGCAAUCUUCUAUCUGGGCUUCAUCGUCGGUGCAUAUCCGGCCAUCGUCAUGGCCCAGCGUUUCCCCAUUGAGCGAGUUGCUUCUGGUAUCGUCUGCGUCUGGGGGAUAUGUUUGAUGUGCACUGCUGCUUGCCACAACUGGCAGAGCCUCUACGCCCAGCGAUUUUUCUUGGGCUUUUUGGAGUCCGGAAUCAGUCCCAUGUUCAUGUUGGUCGUUGGACAGUUUUACAAGAAGAAUGAGCAGGCAUUGCGGAUGGGAGCCUGGUAUUGCUGCACCGGCUACGUCUCGAUUGUCUCACCACUGAUCAACUACGGCCUUGGUCACAUUCACGGCUCUCUCUCUCCCUGGCGCUAUAUGUACUUGGUCGCUGGAGCUCUCACCAUAAUUUGGUCUGUUGUCAUCCUCUUCUUCAUGCCUCCUGACCCUAUCCGCGCACGGGGCUUCAACGAACGGGAACGAUAUAUUGCCGUGGCUCGCUUGCGGAUCAACAACGCCGGCGUGCGCAACACACAUUUCAAAAAGGAACAGCUCUGGGAACUCCUGCUCGACGUGAAGUUCUGGAUCGUCUUCGCAAUGGCAUUCCUCAUUAUGAUUGCAAAUGGACCCGUCUCGACCUUCACCCCAAUCAUCAUUGCCAGUUUCGGGUUCAACACGUUGAAUUCGUUACUGCUGGUCAUGCCGGCGGGUGCGAUCAUCGGGACAAUAGAAUGGGUGGCGCCUUAUAUUGCGUACAAGUUUCCCGGAAUGCGAGCUUACCUGGUUACGAUUUGCGAGAUGGGCACGAUCUUGGCCAGUCUCCUGCUCUGGUUGUUGCCGAGAGAUGCCACGGGCGGGUUGCUGUUUGGGGCGUACAUCCUGGCGAGCUUCGGAGGCGGCUAUGCGGUGUUGAUGGGCAUGCAGAUCGCCAACACGGCCGGGUAUACGAAGAGGAGUUUGGCAAGUUCGGGCAUUUUUGUGGGCUAUUGUCUAGGCAACUUCGUCGGUCCCCUCCUCUUCAAACCUGAGGACGCCCCCGUCUACGCACCGGGCUUUAUCGCCGUCGUCAUCACCUCGGCAGUCGCCGCCGCCCUGUCCAUCGUGUAUCGAUUCAUCUGUGUCUGGGAGAAUAAGAAGCGCGACCAGGCGGGCACAAUGGAGGCGUUCGAGCACGCUUACGAGGACGAUUUGACGGACAAGAAGAAUCCGCAAUUCAGGUACACGCUCUAG